GAAAUGUUAAAUUUAACCUUAUACUAUUAAUCUGUGAAUUUAACACAAUAAAACAGUGGUUUUAUUUCGGUUUAAAACCUUAAUAAUUAUUUAUACAUAUUAAUAGCUCUAUUGUUAAAGUUCAAGAUGUGGCCGAUUAUUCUGCAGUUUUUAAGAACCAACGCUCCUUAUAUUACUUUGCCUAUUGCCGCUAUUGUUGGAGUAGUAGGAUAUAACUUAGAAAGCCUCUUAUCUGAUAGAUACACACCAUAUAGCAAGUCCGUUCAAGAUCAAAGGCUGGAAAGACAAGAAGAGGAACAGCUAUUAAAGGAUCCAUUGAAUGUUGGUAAAUUACAGUACAAAGAAAAUGUUUUAGGUAGGAAUGUGUCACCUUCAUUAGAAAAGAAAUCUUCAUAAACAUGCUUUUAAAAAUUUUAGCCUGUAUUUAAAUAAAAGUUAAGUUUGUAAAUAUUUAAAAAAUGUUUUCAAUUACGUUUCAAGUGCAUUUAGGUUAGCUUUACAUUAUAAAUCAAUACA